AUGAUUCACAUUAAGACCGAACCCCCGGAUGGCAUGCCAUGCGAUCAGAUGGUGGUAACCGAUCACACAUUCACUCACAAUAGGGUUAAACACGAGAUUAAGACAGAGGUGUUGUCUAACUGUGCGUUCAGUCCAUACAAUCAUACAUUCAUUGAUGGAGAUUCUCAUCAAAUGAAUGCAAAUAUGAUUCACAUUAAGAGCGAACCCCCGGAUGACAUGCCAUGCGAUCAGAUGGUGGUAACCGAUCAUAGAUUGGCAGAUAUUCUGGUUAAACACGAGUCUAAAACAGAUAUAUAUUCUGAUUGUGCACUCAAUUCAUGCACUCAUCAUAGUGAUCAAAAUGCUCAUCAAAUGAACACAAAUAUGGUUCACAUUAAGACAGAAUUACCGAAUGGGAUGCCAUGCCAUCAGAUGGUGGCAACGGAUCAGCCAUUGCCUGACAUUAGAGUUAAACACGAGAUCGAGAGGCAAAUGAAGAGCGAAUCACCGGAUGUGAAAUUAUGGGAUCAGUUGGUGUUAACGGAUCACACAAUUACAGACACAGGGGUUAAGCACGAGAUUAAGGGCGAGAUUAUCAGUGAAUGUCAACUCUUAACGACCGGGGUUAAGCACGAGAUUAAGGGCGAGAUUAUCAGUGAAUGUCAACUCUUAACGACCGGUGCCUUCAAUUCAACGCUAACCCAAUCCCUGACCAAUAGGUUUAGUUAA